AAGAACUUCUACCAUGCGGCGAUUAUGAUCCUCAUGUGGCUCCAGCUCCCGAUGACGGACGGGGCGUCCCUGAUGUACGAUAAAGUUACCAAGAAGAUCGCCGUGCCGUUACUCGAGCCUUAUGUCUCAAAAUUCAACGACGGCUCCAUCCUCGGCUCCAUCGCCAAGUUCAUAGGCUUCGGCGUCAGCGCUAGUCAUGUCAUGUUCCUCUACUUCAUCUUCAUCAUCCUACCGUCGAGCGUGGAGCGUUUCAUCGUCGUCGUCACGGGCUGCCUCUAUCCCAUCGCGGCGUCGAUCGUGGCGGUCACGACGGACAUGGCCAACGACGACACGCAGUGGCUCGUGUAUUGGGUAUGCUUCGCCAGUACGCACCUGCGCGGAAAUCGAAUCUGAGUUUGAGUAGGGCGCCAGGACGACCGAUGCGUCACCCAAGCCAUCGACGCGACGUCCCUGCCCCCCACAGGUAUGUACCUCGUCAUGCUCGCCUCGGACGACAUAUUGUACUGGAUCCCGGGCUACCACUCGGCGAUGCUCACGUUCGUCUGUUACCUUAUGUUGCCGGCACGCUCACCCGCGCAGAAAUUAAGAGAUAUCACGCCGUCGACGAGACAUGUCACACAGGUGUUCAACGGCGCCGACUCCAUCUUCCGCGGCAUCCUCGUGCCCGUCUUCGGUUUGAAAGCUCAGCUACUCCGCCGCGACGCGCGCGUUCUCGCCGAGGAGACGACCAAGGGCCUCACGGAAGAGCAAAAGGCCGCCGUGGUGGCGUCGUUCAACGAAGGCGUAGCCAAGAAGACGAACUAA